GAAGAAGAAGAGAAGAAGAAAAGAAGAAGAGAAGAGAAGAGAAAGAGAAGAGAGAGAGAGAAAGAAGAAAGAAGAAGAGAAGAAGAGAAGAAAGAGAGAAGAGAGAGAAAGAGAAGAGAGAAAGAGAAAGAGAAAGAAGAAAGAGAGAAGAAGAGAAGAGAAAGAGAAGAAGAAGAAGAGAAGAGAGAAGAGAAGAAAGAGAGAAGAGAGAAGAGAAGAGAAGAAAGAAGAGAGAAAGAGAAGAGAGAGAAAGAGAGAAGAAGAGAAAGAGAAGAAGAGAGAAGAAGAAAGAGAGAAGAAAGAAGAAGAGAAGAGAAAGAGAGAAAGAGAAAGAAGAGAAGAGAAGAAAGAAAGAGAGAAAGAAGAGAAGAGAAAGAAGAAGAGAGAAGAAAGAAGAGAAGAGAAAGAAGAGAAGAGAAGAGAAGAGAAAGAGAAGAGAGAGAAGAGAAAGAAGAAAGAGAAGAAAGAGAGAAGAGAAGAGAGAAAGAAGAAAGAAGAGAAGAAAGAAGAAGAGAAAGAAGAGAAGAAGAAGAGAGAGAAGAGAAAGAGAAGAAGAAGAGAAGAAGAGAGAAGAGAGAAGAGAAGAGAAGAAAGAGAAGAAGAGAAAGAGAAGAGAAGAGAAGAGAAAGAAGAGAAGAGAGAAAGAGAAGAGAAGAAAGAAGAAGAGAGAGAAGAAGAGAAGAGAGAAAGAAGAGAGAAAGAAGAGAAAGAAGAAGAGAGAGAAAGAAGAGAGAAAGAGAAGAGAAGAAGAAAGAGAGAAGAGAAGAAGAGAAGAAAGAGAAGAAGAGAGAGAAGAAGAGAAAGAGAGAAGAAAAGAAGAAGAGAGAAAGAAGAAGAGAAGAAGAAAGAAGAGAGAAAGAAGAAGAGAAGAAGAGAGAGAGAGAAGAAGAGAAAGAGAAGAAAGAGAGAAAGAAGAAGAAGAGAAGAAGAGAGAAGAGAAGAGAAAGAGAGAAGAGAAGAGAGAGAGAAGAAGAGAAGAGAGAAAGAAGAAGAAAGAAAGAGAAAGAAGAGAGAAGAGAGAAGAGAAGAAAGAGAAGAGAAGAAGAAGAGAGAAAGAGAAGAAGAGAGAAGAGAAAGAGAGAAGAAGAGAAGAGAAGAAGAAGAGAAGAAGAAAGAGAAGAGAAAGAAGAGAGAAGAAAGAGAAGAAGAGAAAGAGAAGAGAAGAAGAAGAGAGAAGAGAAAGAGAGAAAGAGAGAGAAGAAAGAGAGAGAAGAAGAGAAGAGAAGAAGAGAGAAAGAAGAAGAAAGAAAGAGAGAGAAAGAGAGAAGAAGAGAAGAGAAAGAGAAGAGAAGAGAGAAGAGAAGAGAGAAGAAGAAGAGAAGAAGAAGAGAAGAAAGAGAAGAGAGAGAAAGAGAAAGAAGAGAAAGAAGAGAGAGAGAAGAGAAGAAGAAGAGAAGAGAGAAGAAGAAGAGAAAGAAGAAGAGAAGAGAGAAAGAGAAGAGAGAAGAAGAAGAGAAGAGAAGAAAGAAGAGAGAAGAGAAGAGAAAGAAGAAAGAAGAAAGAAGAGAGAAGAAGAAGAAGAGAAAGAGAGAAGAGAAAGAAGAAGAGAAAGAA